AUGCUUGUGGCGAGAGGAGUUACAGUUGACUGGGAGUGCUUUAGGACAGUGUUCAUGGAAAAGUAUUUCCCGGAGAGCGUGAGGCACGCCAAGGAGGCGGAGUUCAUGCAGUUACACCAAGGAGGGCUAUCUGUAUCGGAAAAGUUUGCUGAGGGUCUGAAGUAUGAGUUGAAGAAGGUGGUGGUGCUUAUGGCCAUCACCGAGUUUCUGGCCUUAGUAGAGAAGGCAAAGAUUGUGGAGAGGUUGGAAGGGGGUAACCGUGUGAUCAAAGCUACUGAGGGACCAGCUGGGUCCAAGAGGGGAGGUGGAAGUCAAAGGAAGCCGUAUGAUAGGCCCCAGUCACAGCAGGGGGGUCCUGUCAUCAGGCAACCUGCUGAGACUACUAGAGGAGGAGGACAGGGUGGAAGUGUUGCCCUUAGGUGUUACAGGUGUGGUGGAUCCCAUUUGAUCAGGGAUUGUCCACACACUGAGAGCAUAUGUUUCAGAUGUCAGCAGAUGGGCCAUGUGUCUUUCAACUGUCCCACUAGGAAUAGACUGGAGAGGAGUACUCAGAGGAGUGAUAUGCAGAGAGUUGAUACUCAGAGGAGUAGUGUGCAGAGGACUGAGACUCAGAGGGGUGACAGACCCACUACAGCUGGUAGGGUGUUCACUUUGGCGGUGUCGACGCCCGCAUCUGCUUCAGUAGUUGCUUAUGAGCUAUGUGCUAACUGCCCUAUUAUUGUGAAUGGGAAGAAGUACAAGGAAGAGGAUGAGUUGUUGGUUUCAGCUGGACAAGCUGAAUCAAUGCUGAGGGAUGGAGCGGAGUGUUGCCUUCUGCUUGCUAUGAUGAGUGUGGAGGCUGAGAGGGUUAUUUCUGAGAUAGAUGUGGUGAGAGACUUUGCUGAAGUGUUUCCUGAUGAAGUGUAUGGGUUGCCUCCUGCCGUGGGUUUUGAGCUGGGCGUUGAUGAAAUCUUAAGGUUCAAGGGCAGAAUUUGCCUACCUCGGGAUGCUGAGCUGAAAAGAGCUGUGUUGGAGGAAGGCCACAAGAGUAGACUUAGCAUACAUCCGGGUAUGACCAAGAUGUACCAGGACCCCAAGAAGACUUUCUGGUGGUCUGGUGGUAUUUUUGAGAUGUUUGAUGGAAAUGUGAUAUCUGGAAUGGAUUGCAUGUGGAAUUUCCUGGUUGUUUUGCAGGUUCUGUUGAGAUUUUCGAAAAUAGGGAGGUCUGCUGCUGAGUUUGCGCUUAGUGCAGUUCUUGGCGCCGGGCGCGUGGCCACCUGA